CAAACAGAGACCCCGUAGUAAAAAUCCUGGGCUCGGAUUAUGGUACAGUCAAAGAAGACUCAACUGCAUUAACUCUUCUUGAUAAGAUUACUAAAGACGAUGAUCCUGACAGAGAGAUUAAGGUGAAGAUUGCUGUGCUGCUUAAGCAACUGGAUCUGCACCUACUCAAUCAUUCUCUAAGACAUAUUUCAUUAGAAAUAAACUUAAAUCCAGUGGCUUUUAAGAAGGAUAUAGAGAUGCUCAAACGUUUCUCAGGAAAAGGAGAACAAACAGUCUUGGAAUCUAUCGAAUAUACCUCAGAUUAUGAAUUUUCAAAUGGAUGCCGGGCCCCACCUUGGAGACAACUUCAUGGGGAAAUUUGUUAUGUGCUGGUGAAACCACAUGACGCUGAAACUUUGUGCAUUACUUGUAGCGCAGAAGGAGUAUUUCUAAAUGGU